CUAUUCUGGAGCUUCUUGGCCCCUGGUGUGGAGAGUGAAUCCUGUCCACGACUGCCCCUCAGGCUGGAAUUCCAGAACAAAUAGGCUUUGUUCCCAGGAAGAUUGGGGGUCUUGUGUCUCAGGAUCAAGUGGAUCCUGAAUGGGAUGACAAAUAAUUGGAUGUCCCUACCCAUAUUUGGAUCACACUUCAGUUGUAAACACGGGCAGAGAUCAUUUAAUAUCUACCCGUGAUGAAACGCCUACUCUGCUCUUGCAGUUCAUCAGAGCCUGAUCUGGACCACAGUCCCUGCAGCCGUGGACUACCUGCAUAUGUCCUCUGGGCUGUUUUCAGCAUCUGGACCAUUAGAAAUCUCUGAGCCAGAGGAGCCUCAGAUCAGGACAGAUUGUGAUGGCUUCAGGAUUCCUGUUGAAAUUAAAGGAGGAGGUGACCUGCCCCAUCUGCCUGGAGCUCCUGACAGAACCCCUGAGCCUGUGCUGUGGGCACAGUUUCUGCCAAGCCUGCAUCACUGCAAACUACAAAGAAUCCAUGGUCAGUGAAGAGGGGCAGAACAGCUGUCCUGUGUGCCGAAGUAGUUACCAGCCUGGGAUCCUAAAGCCUAAUUGGCAUAUGGCCAACAUCGUAAAGACACUUAGGGAGGCCAAGUUGAGUCCAGACGAGGAGCAAAAGAGAGAUCUCUGUGAGCGCCAUGGAGAGAAACUCCUGCUCUUCUGUAAGGAGGAUGGGAAGUUCAUUUGCUGGCUUUGCGAGAGGUCACAAGAGCACCGUGGUCACCAUAUAUUCCUCAUGGAGGAAGUUGCCCAGGAGUACAAGGAAAAGCUGCAGGCAGCUCUGGACAGGCUGAGGGCUGAAAAGCAGGAAGCUGAGAAAAUGGAAGCUGACAUCAAAGAAGAGGGAACUUCCUGGAAGAAUCUGAUACAAAAUGAGAGACAAAUUGUCCAGGAUUGCUUUAAAAACCUGAGAGGCAUCCUGGACUCUGAAGAGCAGAAGGAGCUACAAAAGCUGGCGAAGGAGGAGGCAGAUAUUCUCCAUGACCUGGAACAGUCUGAGAGUGAGCUGGUCCAGCAGAGCCUGGUGUUGAGAGAUCUCAUGUCAGAGCUGGAGUAUCGGUUGCAGGGGUCAAUGGUGAAGAUGCUGCAGGAUGUGAAUGGCAUCAUGGAAAGGAGUAAGAUCUUUACUCUGAAGAAGCCAAAAACUGUCUCCAAGGAACAAAGGAGAGUGUUCCAAGCUCCUGACCUGAGUGAGAUGCUGCAAGCGUUUAAUGAACUGACUGAUGUGCGCCGUUAUUGGGAUGACAUUACCCUGUACCCUUCCACGGACAAACGAAAUGUUGCCAUUUCUGCAAAUCGGAGGCAAGUGAGAUAUGAGCACCAUCUCGAUGCAAAUACGAAGGCUUCUGCUGUACUUGGCUCACUGGUUAUCACAUCAGGGAAACAUUACUGGGAGGUGGAUGUGUCAGAGAAACAAUCCUGGUACUUGGGGGUAUAUGGUAAAAAAGACUCUGAUACCUCUAGUGAUCAACCUAAACGAUGCUUCUGGGUUAUAGGAUUAGAGCAUCAGUUUAAAUAUAAUGCUUUUGGGGAAUUUUCCUCCUCUGAUCCCUUGAAAUUAGCCCUCAGUCUGACUGUUCCUCCCCGCCGUGUUGGCGUUUUCCUAGACUAUGAUGCUCGCACUGUCUCAUUUUAUAAUGUCACAAACCAUGGGUUUCUCAUCUAUAAAUUCUCUUCAUGUUCCUUUUCUCAGAAAGUGUAUCCAUAUUUUUCUCCUAUGACAUGUACUGGCCCCAUGACACUGUGUUCUCCAAUUGAAAAAGGACCAGGCCUUCUACAGGAAGUGGGGAAAGUACAUGAUUAUGGAGGUGCGUUACUCAGAUGUCCUUUCUCUUCCUGCCAUUCUUAUCCUGCCCCCUUUGGUAUCACCAGCCCCGCAGGAGUUUGUGAGCAAGAAGAGUCCCUGGAACCAGGACAGGAAGAAGCCAGGGGAGUGGCCAUGGACUUUUCAUCACAAGAGAGCAUAAAAGAGGUGAGCUGCCCCAUCUGCUGGGAGCUCCUAACAGAACCCAUGAGCUUGGACUGUGGCCACAGCUUUUGCCAAGACUGUAUCACUGCAAAGAGUGAAUCAGGGAGCCCCCUAGGAUUGGAAUGCUGCUGUCCUGUUUGUCAGAGCAGAUACCAGCCUUGGAACCUCCAGUUUAACUGGCAGCUGGCAGAGAGAGUGAAGAAAUUCAGGGAGGUGGACAUGAAUUCACACCAGCCAAGGAGGAGAGAUCUCUGUGAACACCAUGGGGAAAAUUAUGAUAUCUUCUGUAAGGAUGAUGAGAAGGCUAUUUGUAGGCUUUGUGUCCAGGAGCACCAAGGUCACCAAAUGUCUCCCAUCAUGGAGGUGGUCAAGGAAUAUCAGGAGAAGCUCCAGGAAGCUCUGAAGAAGCUGUCACAGGAUCAGCAGGAAGCUGAGCAGUUGGAAGCUGACAUCCAUGAAGAGAGAGCUACUUGGAAGAAACUUAUACAGACAGAGAGAGAGAGGAUUCUGCAAGGGUUUGAGCAAAUGAGAGGCAUCCUGGACAAAGAGGAGCAGAGGGAGCUGCAAAAGCUGGAGGAAGAUGAAGGGAAUGUAAGCGAGCUUGACUCAGAUCUCCAGUCUCAUACGCCUGAAUCUGCAGAGUCUAUAGACAUGCCUCAGGAUGUGAUUAACGUCUUAAGAAGGACUGAGAUUGACACCUUGAACAAGCCAAAAAUUGUUUCCAACAAAGCGAAGAGUGCAUUCCGAUUUUCAGAUCUCAUUGGGAUGCUGCAAAUGUUUAAAGAGCUGACAGAAGUCCAAAGCUACUGGGUGGACUUGAUGCUGAAUCCACUCAAUGCUGUUUCGAAUGUUGUGAUUUCUGCGGAUCAGAGACAAGUGACAGUUGGGCAACAUUGUAUGUCUAGUAAUGUAUAUCCAUGUAAUCCAUGUAAUUUUUCUGCUUUUGAUGUUGUGGGCAACCAACAUUUCUCUUCGGGGAAAUAUUACUGGGAAGUUGAUGUGUCUGGGAAGAUUGCCUGGAUCCUGGGGGUAUACAGUACACCAAGUAACCUCAACAGAAAAAAAAGCUCUGGGUUUGUUUUUAACCCAAAUGUAAAUUAUUCAAAUGCUUACUCCAGGUUCAGACCUGAAAAUGGCUUCUGGGUUAUAGGCUUACAGAACGAAUCUGAGCACACUGCCUUUGAGGACUCUCCCACUUCAGAUCCCAAGGUCCUGACUCUUUACAUGGCUGUUCCUCCCUGUCGAGUUGGGGUUUUCCUAGAUUUUGAAGCAGGUACUGUCUCAUUUUUUAAUGUCACAAACCAAGGGUCACUCAUCUACAAGUUCUCUAAAUGUCACUUUUCUCAGACUGCUUAUCCAUAUUUCAAUCCUUGGAACUGUCCAGUUCCCAUGACCCUGUGCCCACCAGGCUCCUGAGCCCUCUCCUGCCCUCACCCACUCCUGCAUAGCAACUUGUCCUGGGGCUCACCUCCUGCCUCUGAGCUCACUGCUCCAUUCACACCAUCUGUUCUCUGUUGUCUCCCUUCUUCAGGACUUUUAGUCAUUUUGGGGGUUUGUACUGUUUCUGAUGUAAGUCAGACGGGAAGCUUAUUUGCUCAUUUACCAUUUUCUGUAUUCUCAGUGAGAGACAUCUAAUCCCUCCUAAAGACAGAGCAGUAUUGGUGUAACAGCUCUGCACUCCCAUUUCUCCAUAUUUUUGUUUAUCACUGAUCUGAAGAGACAUGGAUCACCAGUGUCCACCAGCCAUCACCUCAGGACAACACACAAUCAUCCCACCCACCCUCACCAACUAAGGAGUAUCUGAGUGUGUCUGUGUGUUGCCUAGCAUACAGCAGCAGGCUCGUUCAGAGGGCUGAGAAAAAAAACUAAAAACAAAAGUAAUAUAUGUAUCCAGAAUGAAAAUUUUAUGUUCCAAAUUUCUUAGUUCAAAUCUUGUCUCUUGUCAUAAAUGGUGUGUAACAAUCAAUAAAUUUUUGUUUCUUCUCAUAAAAUACAAA